AUGUUCUCCCCGCUCCGUCGGCUCACCACAACGGGUCUCCAGCUCCAGAAGCUUCAGAAAUUGCAGAAGCUCCAACAAUUUCAGCCGGCGAGAGCUGUGCAUUUGACGGUUUUUCAGCAGAAGGGGCACUCGAAAUGGCAGAAUAUUAAGGCGGUGAAGGGAAAAAAUGAUUUGAUUCGGUCGAAGGCAACCAACUUUUUACUCAGAAAGGUCCGUGGAGCAGUAUCUCGUGGCGGGUUCGACAUGAAGCUCAAUCGAGAACUCGCUGAUUUGGAGUCCGAAUUCAGAGCACAAGGACUUCCACUGGACACGUUGAAGAACUUUUUGCAAAAAAUGAAGGACAAGCCCGAAGUAGAAUACUCGUUCGAUAUCAUUGGACCAUCUGGAAUAUUCCUUAUCGUAACCGCCGAAACUUCGAACAAAAAAGCGUUUGAAAACGAUUUACGGAAGUAUUUCAACAAGUUGGGCGGUUUCCGGUUGGCAGCUGAUGGUGGUGUUCGUAGUUGGUUCGAGGAGAAGGGUGUUGUGCAUGUUGACACGAAAAAAGGCGGAAAAAUUCUGAAUAUUGAAGAAAUGGAAGAAAUCGGUCUGGAAUUCGAUGCUGAAGAGGUUUUACUGAUUGAAGAGGACUCAACGAAGAAAUUCGAACUAAUUUGUGAUGCAAAAUCACUUCAAACUCUUGAAAACGGCCUCGGAAAGGGUGGAUUCUCGAUUUUACAGUCGGAAAUUGAAUUCCGACCUGUUCAUCCAAUUGAUUGUCCUGAAGCUGAGGAGCCAAAGGUUCAGAAGUUGUAUGAAAUGCUUCAGGAGGACGAACAAGUACGCCAAAUUUUCGACAACAUCACACCAGACGAGUAGCCGAUUUUUUUCAAUUUUUCAUUGAAAAAAGCCGGAAAAGCGGAAAAUUUCCAUUGUUUUUUCUCUAUUUUUAGUCGUUUUCCCAUCAGAAUUCCAUUUUUUAAAUCUUUUAUUUUAUUUUAUUUAUCAGUUCAAUAGAUAGGAUUCCCGCAUUUCUUGUUGUUUUAUUGAGUUUUUAUUGAUUUUUUAAAAUUGAAUUCCACCUGUUUUUUUUGUUAGUAUAAAGCUAUAAUUAAA